CAGCCAAACAGCCGGCCAGCCAGUGUCCCGCUAGACUCGUGCGGCGCACAGCAAAACGUACGCGCGCUGGCUGGUUUAGUUGCGACGCUAGAAACCGGCACGGAAAAAAAGAAAACAAACCCGUAAAAAUUGUGAAGUUUGAUAGGAUUCCAAAUUUGUAUUUUUGUUUGAAAUUCGCGAUUGUUUUUUAACAGUGGCGUUUGAAAAUAGUUUGUGAUUUAAAGUGGAAUCUUUUCUUUUUGUUUCGUGAAAAUUGUGGUGGAAAGCUAACAGAUACAAUGGAUUUGGAAUUCCGAAAUUUGACGUACACCGUCCAUAGUCGGCUAAGUAAAGGUAAACGCCGCGAGGUUCUGAACGGCGUCCAUGGCAGGUUCCAGUCGGGGCGGCUCGUGGCCAUCAUGGGGCCCUCGGGGGCGGGCAAGAGCUCGCUCCUCAACGCCAUUUCGGGGUAUAGAUCAGCGGGAGUCUCCGGCGAGCUCCUAGUAAACGGACAGCCUCGCAACGAGCACGAGUUUCAGCGCCUCUCGUGCUACAUCACUCAGGAGGACCUGCAUCAGCCCCUGCUCACAGUUAGAGAAGCCAUGGACAUGGCCGCCAAGUUGAAGCUGCCUAAGGGAGAGAAGGCGCCGUCGGAGGAUAUUCUGCAAGAGUUGGGGCUGCUCGAGCAUCAGCAUACUAAGACUGAUCAGCUUUCGGGAGGUCAGAAGAAGAGGCUCUCCAUAGCUCUGGAGCUGGUCAACAACCCCCCAGUCUUCUUCCUGGACGAGCCCAGCAGCGGGCUGGACACGGUGACGGCGGCGCAGUGCGUGAAGCUGCUGCGGCAGCUGACGCGGCAGGGACGCACCGUGAUCUGCACCAUACACCAGCCCGCCGCAUCGCUGCUCGAGCUGUUCGACCAGGUAUACGUGCUAGCAGACGGCCGGUGCAUCUACCAGGGCGACACGGCUGAGUUGGUGGACUACCUGAGGGACGCCGGCCUGCCCUGCCCCCGGCAUCAUAACCCGGCCGAUUUCAUAAUCGAAAUGACGGAAGCCCCCGAAAACAUAGCAGCACUCAGCGAAAAGAUACUCAACGGAAAGAUUUACAAAACGGCCAAAAAAUUACAAGAAAUCGAAGCACCUAGUGAACCUACCAAAAACAUGGAACUGAAAAUAUGCUACCCAAUUGAAGAGGACGUAGAAAACCAAAUAAUGCUAACGAAUGAGAAGUGCACUUAUAAAGUCGCGCAAUACGCCGAAGGAAGUGGGUCAUCUAGUUCAUUAUCCAGCCAAUCAGAGAUGAAUUCUUCGCUUGCCUGGAUGAGGGUGAAAAGCUCAGAGUCUUGUGGUUACCCUACCACGUAUUGCCAACAGUUUUCUAUUCUGCUGUGCAGAAUGAUCAAACAGAUCUUUAGGAAUAAACAAGGCAUCUACAUCCAAACAGUGCACCAUGUGAUGUGUGGGCUGCUGAUGGGUCUCUGCUUCUUCAACAUGGCCAACGACGGCACUCAGAUGUUCAACCACCUCAAGAUGUGUGUGGGCAUCGUACUGUUCUUCGCUUACACGCAGAUUAUGGCGCCUGUGUUAGUCUACCCGCAAGAAGUGAAACUAGUGAAGAAAGAACACUUCAACCGCUGGUACAGUCUGACCCCCUACUACGCCGCACUAACGGUCUCCAAGCUACCCGUGCAAGUGACUUUGAACUGUGUGUUCUGUGCAAUAGUGUUCUUUAUGGUGGGAGUGCCGUUCAAGGUGAAUCGGUUUGUGGCGUUCUGUCUGACCGGCAAUGUGGUGUCGCUGGCCAGUGAGGGAAUGGGCAUGAUGAUUGGGUCCGUGUUUAAUGUUCGGAAUGGCUGCGCGGUCGGGCCCUGUGUCAUAGCACCUUUCCUCGGCCUGGCUAUCUACGGAUUCGACUUCGCCCACAGAAUCCCACUUCUGAUGAACAUCCUCAUGAAAACUUCCUUCAUAAGAUGCGGCGUUGUCGCCAUGGUUUUAACUAUAUUCGGAUUCAACAGAACACCGUUAGAAUGCUCAGAUAUUUACUGCCAUUUUGCCAACCCUGAUGUGCUGUUGAAAUACCUGGAUAUAGAACGGAGUUCCGUCUGGAUAGAGAUUAUGUAUAUGUUGGGGUUGAUGCUGGUUUAUAGGUCGCUCUGUUUCAUUGGUCUCAAGUGGAGAUUUUCCACGUGAUUAGGAUUUUGGUUUCGUUUUUUGUGAUAUGAAAAUUUUAUUGUACUUACAGUGAACUUAAUCGGUACUUAUUUUAUUGUUGGAGUUCAAUAAAUCUCAUAUUUGAUAAACAAUAAAUGUUGAGUUUUCUGGCAGGUGUGGUGAGUAGAGUCUAUUGGUUUACAUGAGCGUAGUGUAGAAAUUCACCUAAAAUUAUUGUAUCCUAUAAGAAGGAAUAUGUCUGUUGGUUGAUCAGCCCAGUAUAUGAUGUACGGUUUAUUUACUCAUAUAAGUACUUUCAUGUGAUAUUUCUAUUAGGAUAAGUAUAAAAACUACAAUUUUGAUUGUAAGUGUGCUGUAGUAUAAAUAAUGUGUUAAUUUGAUAUUAUUCCUAAUAUAUUAAAUUUUAAUUUAAUAAAUUAUAGUAUGGUGAAUGGUAUUUUAAAGUGAUUUUAAUAAGCGAAUGUAUUAUUAUAAAAUGUUCACUAUGUUAUGGUUGCUACAAAGUAUGGUAAAAGUUAGCAUCUAAUCUUCUCAAUAGUCUGAAUAAAUGUUUUCUUUUAGUUGUAUAACUUUGUGGGAAUGUCAUAAAAUAAUUUAAGCAAAUUAAUUUUAUUUCUUAUUUACUUCAUGUUAUAUUUUAUCAUUUGCUGCGUUAAUUGAGUAACUUCUAAAGUUCUAUCACAUGAGCUUAUAAAUCGGUUUAGUAUGUAACAUUUACAGUUUAAAUCAAUUUAUUUAACGUGCCUAAGUAAUUAUUAAAUAAAUUAGAAAUUUAAGAGAAAGAAUAACUUGCCCUUUAGUAUUUUAAGAAUAGAGUUUUAUAUUUUCAUAAAUAACCUAUAUUUUAGCACCUCAGGCUAACAAAAAAAGUUUUACAAAAUGUACUGAAUACAGCGUGAAGUUGAAUAAAAAUGUAUUUUAUUUCUGAUUUCCCUUAAAUAUUUAAUAUUUAUAACUCGAAGUACACAUUUAGUUAGUUACUUAUAUACACAUCGCGACAUUUAAAACACGAAAUAAUUCCAAAUUUGCGUUCAUAAUGGGGCCAUUUUCGAAAA